UCACUGUUCAAGCUCGGCUUUAAUUUGAUUUCUUCCCAUUAUUCUAAUCCAGAGCAUCAGCCAUCAGCCACUCUCUACACUACGCCGCGGUGUCGAUCGGGCCGAGUGUAUUGAUGUCGCCGAUACGAAAGGAACUAGGUCUCAGUGUCGCAGAAGCAGCGUAUCCGCUUAAUGUAUUUCGACUCAUUCAGUGCGUUGGGCUUGUGCCUGUAGGAUUGUUCAUAGACAUCAAUGGCGCGCGAGCUCCACUGGUGGUCGCAUUUUUGGUGGCUUCAUUGUUGGCCUUCGGACUGCCAAUGGCACACAGUAACUACCAAAUCCUGCUCCUGAUGAUCGUAUAUUCCUUUACGGUUUUGUUCGGGGGAUUGCCAUCCUUCUUGAAGCUAGCAUCGUCAUGGUUUGACGACUCAUUCGGACUAGCCUCGUCUAUUAUCAUCUCUGGCUUCUCACUGGCUGGUUUUAUCACCCCCUUACUCUUGGGCGUGAUAUCUGCUCAGUACGGGUGGCGCAUGGCACUCACAGUGGUGGAUUGCUCGCUACUAUUCGCGGGCUUGCCCCUGGCACUGAUGUUUGUAAAGGAGAACAAGCGGCCGGAGCUUGUACAUUCCUUUGCGAUUCCCGAGAGCACGCGACGCAAGCAGUACGUGAAUCACUGGGGAGACCAUGAGAGUGGUAGCGAGUCUGGUAGUGACCAGUCCAGUAUUGAAGCAGGGCACCAUAGCAUGGACAUGAGCAGCUACAUCGGCCCAGAACAGCCGAUGCAUAACGGUACAGAUACCGGCAUGGAUAUGCGCGGAGGUGAUAAAGGGAAGACAGCCAGAUACGACUUCGAAGCAAGAGACGGCAGACAACCUGGAAGCAUGGUACGCCGGACAUCGGCUGACCAGAUCAGCAUGCAACGCAGCCAGGGACACCGAGAGAGCGGCACCAGCGCAACUACACGCGGCAAAAAACUGAGCAUAUCGGAGGAUGCAUAUGUCACGCCUGGCUCUACUACUCACAGUGGAACAGGCGAUAGAGGGGCGCACAAUGGAGAUGCACGAGUUAUGCGUGUGUCGAUGGACAGUGCCAGGGAUCGGGAGGGCGAUGACCCGAGGUCCAUCAUGCGCAUGUUGAGUGCGGGCGUGAUGUCCAUACCGGACGCGAGUGUGGACAGCUUCAGAGACACGCUCUCGACAGAAAAUGCAGAGGCAGACUACGGGCAUAAGCCGAACGCUAGUUUAUGGCUGAAGCUGAAAGGUCUCAUGCAGCUGCCUUUUCUGUACCUGAUGAUGGGUAUUGCCUUCAUGUCCUUGGGCGUGCAUGUGGUAUUCGAUCACAUCACCGUAUACGCAAGCGAAGACCUGGGGCUCGGGCUAUCGACGGCCACACACUACAUUGCCACCGUCAAUCUCUUUGCACUCUUCGCCAAACUUGGUUCAGGGUUCCUGUCGAAAUUCAUUGACAAACACGUAUUAUUGAUCAUUUUCUCCACCGGUCUGACCCUGGGAUUUGUUGCAAUGUUCGAGUUCAUACCGGGUACCACGGUGGAUCCCUGGCACCUCGAUCUGACGAGCGGUACUUUUCGCAUGUUUGUGUGCGCCGCACUGUUUGGUGGGGGCUAUGCGGGUAUGUUUGCAGUGUCCACAGCCAUCCUACCCACGAUGGGAAAGGAAACUCUGGGGCUGCGAUCAAGUAUACAGAUGGGGUCCAUCUUCCUGUUUGGGGCAAUCGGAUCGAGUGUUGCAGCCAGUCUACGCCAUAGUUCCAAGAGUUACCGGUCCAGCUUUAUGUUUGGGUUAGUGACGUCCGCAAUGUGUGUAGGCAUAUGCGCGGUGAACUACUUCGACAAUCAGGCCCGGAGUAGGCGGCGACCCUGGCGCCGAGACAUCUACAGAGCAGUGCCCAUGAGGGAUGAAGCCGGAAAGACAGCUGUAGCUUGAGUGGUUAUUCCGCUCGCGUAUGUAUAGAGGUGUUUACGCGUACAUAACGUGAUCCAAACGGCUCGUUUACAGAUGACAAGCAAACACGCAUACAUACGAAGUGCUGAUGGUCUGGUUCGUACGUACAGGGCGUGCGUUGGGAUAUACCUGAGGCGUACGGGUACACGAGUGCCUACAAGAUGGCAGCGUAGUUAGGGGUGCAGUGACAAGAAUAACAGCGACACUUUCAUGGAUACUUGCUUGAGCGAAUGAACAUGGAAAAGGACCCUAGCAAGUCAUCGGCAGGAGUUGAUAAGUUUUCUGGCGCCUUGGGUCUGUCACACCCACGUUAGAAUCACCACAAACACAGCGAAUAUGACAUCAAACAUAGGUUGCACUAUGAGGGGCUUCAGAGUGGUAUCAUUAUUCGUACAAUGUGUAGAUGAGUCAAUCACGGAGUACCAGACGCCAGUACACAAUGAGACGAAAGCGGAUGCGAUUUUUGCCCAUUGUUACAUUUAAGUAUACUUUUCCCUAACCGCAGACUUCGAGCCUACGCAGCAUACAUUUGAGGUGGCAUUUGAAGGCGUGGCGAAUUGGCGACAAAGGAUCAUACUAUCGCUUUAGCCACAGAGUAUAUUAGCGCAUAAAUGUAAAAACAUACUUAGGAUAGAAAUAAAAUUAGUCCAAUGUAGUGGUGAAUUCCAGUGACUUUGGUUAUAUAUGUCUUGAAGCUAUCAGAGUACUAUAGAUGGCCUGUUCGUCGAAUACGUGAGUUUGUAUGCUUCAGCUUCAGUGGAAUAUAUAACACUUCAAUGCUCUCACCGAGUUACGCAACACUCCACCUUUCUACCGAAAGGUUUAUACUACGCAAUCGUGGCGUGUUCUCACACCGAGAUUCAUACUCAUAACCAGAGUGCGAUAACCGCAGCGCGACUCUUUUCGUGAAGUCACUGGGAAGCCGACGAAUCAAAUUGUA